CUCCCUCGGGCGCGCUCGCAGCGUAGAGAAACCAGGCAGCGCCACGCGCAGCCGGGGCCGGGCGGAACGGAGAGCCAGCUCGGGCCGGCGCUGCGCCCCGCCGCCCGCAUGGAGCCCGCCGCCGGCUUCUUGUCCCCGCGCCCCUUCCCGCGCGCAGCCGCCCCGCCCGCGCCCCCCGCCGGCCCGGGGCCGCCUGCUAGUGCCUCGCCGCGGUCGGAGCCAGCCGGGCCCGCAGCGCCGGACCCGGGUCGCCUCAUCACCGACCCAUGCAGUGGCCGUACCUACAUCAAGGGCCGCUUGUUGGGCAAGGGGGGUUUCGCCCGCUGCUAUGAAGCCGCUGACACCGAAACCGGUGUAGCCUACGCGGUCAAAGUCAUCCCGCAGAGCCGCGUCUCCAAGCCGCAUCAGCGCGAAAAGAUCCUAAACGAGAUCGAGUUGCACCGAGACCUACAGCACCGCCAUAUCGUUCGCUUUUCGCACCAUUUCGAGGAUGCUGACAACAUAUACAUUUUCCUGGAGCUCUGUAGCCGAAAGUCCCUGGCCCACAUCUGGAAGGCCCGGCACACCCUUUUGGAACCAGAGGUUCGCUACUACCUGCGCCAGAUCCUUUCUGGCCUCAAGUAUUUGCACCAGAGGGGUAUCCUGCACAGAGACCUCAAGCUGGGAAAUUUUUUCAUCACUGAUAACAUGGAACUGAAGGUGGGGGAUUUUGGGCUGGCAGCUCGGUUAGAGCCCCCGGAGCAGAGGAAAAAGACCAUCUGUGGCACUCCCAACUACGUGGCCCCAGAAGUGUUGCUGAGACAAGGCCAUGGCCCCGAGGCAGAUGUGUGGUCACUUGGCUGUGUCAUGUACACACUCCUGUGUGGGAGCCCCCCGUUUGAGACAGCUGACCUGAAGGAAACCUACCGCUGCAUCAAGCAGGUUCACUACACGUUGCCUGCCAGCCUCUCACUACCUGCCCGUCAGCUCCUGGCUGCCAUUCUUCGGGCUUCACCCCGAGACCGCCCCUCUAUUGAACAGAUCCUACGCCAUGACUUCUUUACAAAGGGCUAUACCCCUGAUCGGCUUCCUGUCAGCAGCUGUGUGACAGUCCCAGAUCUGACCCCCCCCAACCCUGCGAGGAGUCUGUUUGCCAAAGUCACCAAGAGCCUGUUUGGCAGGAAAAAGAACAAGAACAAGAACCAUUCCGAGGAACGGGAUAAUGUCUCCUGUUUGGUGAGCGGCCUGAUGCGCACAUCCCUCGGUCACCCGGAUGUCAGGCCUGAGGCUCCAGCAGCUUCAGGCCCAGCCCCCGUCAGCUUGGUAGAGACAGCCGCUGAGGACAGCUCACCCCGUGGGACACUGGCAAGCAGUGGAGAUGGUGAGGAGCCAGAAGAUGAGAGGUGCUGGAGGUGGCUGGGGUGGAGACCAGGGGCCAAAAGGAAGUGGUUGGCCAAGGGACAUGACCUGGGCCCAGGGAGGCCAUUGCCUAAGUGUCAGUGCCCUGUUCCCUCAGGGUUUGAAGAAGGUUUGACUGUGGCCACAGUGGUAGAAUCUGCCCUCUGUGCCCUGAGAAACUGUGUGGCCUUCAUGCCCCCAGCGGAACAGAACCCAGCCCCGUUGGCACAGCCAGAACCUCUGGUGUGGGUCAGCAAGUGGGUUGACUACUCCAACAAGUUUGGCUUUGGGUAUCAGCUGUCCAGCCGCCGUGUAGCAGUGCUCUUCAACGAUGGCACACACAUGGCCCUGUCAGCCAAUAGGAAGAUCGUGCACUACAACCCCACCAGCGCGAAGCACUUCUCCUUCUCUGUGGGGUCUGUACCCCGUGCUCUGCAGCCUCAGCUGGGCAUCUUGCGGUAUUUCGCCUCCUACAUGGAACAGCACCUCAUGAAGGGCGGAGAUCUGCCCAGUGUGGAAGAGGUAGAGGUGCCUGCCCCACCCUUGCUGUUGCAGUGGGUCAAGACUGAUCAGGCCCUGCUCAUGCUGUUCAGCGAUGGCACUGUCCAGGUGAACUUCUAUGGGGACCACACAAAGCUGAUCCUCAGUGGCUGGGAACCUCUCCUUGUGACUUUUGUGGCCCGAAAUCGCAGUGCUUGUACUUACCUCGCCUCCCACCUCCGGCAGCUGGGCUGCUCCCCAGACCUGCGGCAGCGGCUGCGCUAUGCUCUGCGCUUGCUCAGGGACCGAAGUCCUGCUUAGGUUCCAACCUGCAGAGCAGGCUGUGAUCAGACCCCGGGCCUGUGUGCCUGAAAGACUCGGGCCCUUGCCUUUGUGGCCCUUCCUGUCCCUUUGGUGCCUCACUGGGGGCUCUGGGCCGAGUCCCCCAGGGAAUCAGGGACCAGCUUUACUACAGUUGGGGACGGCCUGUCCUCCUGUCUCUUACCCUUUCUCCCUGAGAUAAGCCUGAGCCUUAGCUCCCAGCUCGGGGGCAUUAUUUAUGGACCACUUUUAUUUAUUAGCACAUUUAUUUAUUGGGAUGUGAGCCCCAGGGGGGCCUCCUCCUGGGAUAAUAAACUGUUUUUCAGAA